UGUGCGUUUGAUCGUGAUGCGAGCCCUUCGUCCUGCUCGAGCGUCAACGGAGAGAUAAGGACAGAAGAGGAGGAAACGUGUUGUUAUCAAAGACUAAGAAGCCAGCUGUCCUGGCCUUGGAGCACGUGCUGGUCCACGCAGGAUAUUUUACUGCUAGAAGCAUUGUGCCUUGAUUCUCUGCAACUGGUUCAAAGACGCUCUCUGCCAAGGACUGUUGAAAAUUCUCAAAUAUUGUUGAUAUUUGGGAAACAAGGCUUAAGAAAUGGAACCACCUCAGAUGUGAUAUUGGAUGAAUACAAGUCUAAUCUCCAUUCAGUUGGUAACCAGACGGAUGCAGACCUCAUCUUGGGAAUAAGGAUGGAGGGUGACACUCCCAAGGAGGGUAAUGCUGGAGCUUUAACAGACGCCUUAUUCAG